AUGUCCAACGUUAUCGAGGUCAACGGAGAUCUCUCCAAGUGGGUGAACCCUCGAGAGAAGCGCCUGGUUGUCAUAGACUUCUUCGCUACAUGGUGUGGUCCUUGCAAAUAUAUGCAUCCGAUUUUCGAUGAUUUCAGUGUCCGGUACAAGAAUGUUGUGUUUUUGCGGGUCGACAGCGAUAAGAACCGCCAUCUAUCUGGAGAAUACGGUGUGACUGGGUUGCCAACAUUUGUUUUUGUACUUCAGGGAACGGAGGUGGAUCGCGUUACCGGAGCGGAUGCGAAUGCCGUGGAGCGGAACAUUCAGAAGUAUGAGUCUGCGGGAAGCGGAUUCCAAGGAAAAGGCAUGGCUUUGGGCGGAAGUUCGUCCGCCUCAGUUAAUGCUCGUGAGAUGCGUCUCAAGAAGUUUGGAGGAAUAAAAAUGUCCGCAGCGAGCACGAGUUCGCACAUGAACAGCAUGCUCAACAAGAUGCUCUCGAAGGAGGAUUCCGACGGUGACGAAGAGGAAGAAGAAGUAGUAGCUGAGGAAAAGGAUAAAGCCGCUUCACAGUCAUCGGAAUCGACGGCUUCCUUGCGAGACACGCUUCUUUCCAUGGGUUUCACCGCUGCCCAGGUCGACCAGGUUACCACCGUUUCCACCUUUCACCUAGACGCUCCGCGAGUGCCCUUCGCGCGACCUCACCGACCUGGUCGUGUACAUAACCGCGCUUCCCGCCCCGGCCGACGCCGAUUCCCGCGGGGACGCGCCCCACGUCGAGUGCGACGGCACGCAGUGCCGCCUGGUUCCAUCGAAUUCGUCGAAUUCAUCGGGAGUUUCAUCCAAUUCUUCGGGAGUUUCAUCGAAUUCUUCGAAUUCGGCGGACUUCCAGAGCCGCGUGGAGGAAAUGCGCGCCAAAAUCCAGCAGCGGCGCGAAGAAAAAGCGCGGGAAGAAAAAGCGCGGGAAAAAGCGCGGGAGAAGGAGCGGAUCGAGCGCGGGAAAUUGGACCAAUUGCAGCGCGCGGAGCUGGAGCGAACGCAGCGGCAGCGCGAAGCGGAGAAGGAAAGGCGGGAGAAAAUUGCCGCGGAAAAAGAGCGGCAACGGCAGCUGGAGCUGUGGCGCAAGGAUCACGGGAUAACCGCGGAACAGCAGCAGGCGAAGUAGAGUUGGCGGGGUUUUGGGAGGUAGGAUUCCCGCGGAAAAAACGCCGGAGGAGCGCGCGCAGCUGCUGGUGGCGUCGCUGAUGCUGCAAACCGCGGGGAACGCGGGUCGUCGUGCGCUGAAUACGGUGCGCGCGAUUCUGCAGAACGCGGGAAAAGAGGACCCGAAAUAUAGGCAAAUCCGGCGCGACAACGCACUGCUGCAGAAAAACGUGGUGAGCGUGCCCGGAGCGCUGGCGCUGCUGCAGCUGGGGGGAUUUGAGGUGGAAGGAGAGUUGCUGGUGAUGAAGGAGUUCGAUGCGGAGAGAGUAAGCGUGGUGUUGGGUUGUAUGCCGUCGAUGU